UCGUCAAGCUAAGUAGCAAAGACACUUCAAUACUAAUAAUAAUAAUUAUUAUUCUUUUUGAGUUUAAAUAAUCAACAGAUUAAAGUUUGAGCAUAAAAAUAAAAAUGAAGUUUGUAUUAAUUGGAUUGUUAGUCGCAUUAGUUUACGUUGAGGCUCAAUCGUUUGUUCCAAGACCAGGAAAUGGAGUUCCUAGGCCACCAAUAAAUUAUCCGAUACCACCAUUCAAUCCUGGACCUCCAAGAUGGCCAUCUGGCUACAGAUUCCGUCGCUCACCUCAAGGAGAAGUCGACGCGUCAGUAGUUAAACCUGGAGAGGGACCAGCCCAAGUUAAUUUGGAUUACAAUCAAAAACUUUUCACCGAUGACACAUCGAGUCUCAGCGCCCAUGGACGAGUUUCGUCCACAGAUUUCAGUCAUUUUAACCCUAGUGCAGGAGUAAAUUACGAAUGGAAUCCUAACAAGGAUACAUAUUUGAGAGCGCAAACUGAACUCCAACGAUUACCCACUGGCCGAAUGGAGCCCAGCUUUGGAGCCCAAUUCGGCAUGCGAUUCCGACGUGAAAUUGAAGAAUAAUUUAUUUUCUAUUAAAAUAAUGAAUAUUAUUUAUAUUUUGUAUCAAUAAAUUAUUUAAAUAAAAUACUCAAAUUUCGUAAGAAAUAAUCUAGUUG